GGGAGAGAGAGAGAGAGAGAGAGAGAGAGAGAGAGAGAGAGAGAGCAUGGAGUGGAGAAACAGCUAUUUGGACGCGGUGCUGGUGCCCUUUGGCCUCCUCCUCCCCAUCCUAUACCAUGGUUGGCUGUGGCACAAGGUUCGCUGCCAACCGCAACGCACCAUUAUUGGUAUCAACUCCAGCGGGCGACGCCUUUGGGUCCUUGCCAUCAUGAAGGACAAUGACAAGAAGGGCGUCCUUGCUGUGCAAACAAUGAGGAACGCUAUCAUGGGCUUGACUCUGAUGGCCACGACCUCGAUCCUCCUCUGCUCGGGCCUGGCCGCGGUCAUCAGCAGCACGUACAGCAUCAAGAAGCCGCUCAACGACUCGGUGUUCGGUGCGCAAGGGGAGUUCAUGCUGUCCCUCAAAUAUGUGACCCUCCUCCUCAUCUUCCUCUUCUCCUUCAUCUGCUACUCCCUCUCCAUAAGGUUGAUCAACCAGGUGAACUUCCUCAUCAACAUUCCCUGCGGCGUCGACGAUGCCUCCCCGGUGACCUCCGACUACAUUUGCGAUCUCCUCGAGAGGAGCUUUGCUCUCAACACCGUGGGGAAUAGGUUGUUCUACGCUGCCCUUCCCCUUCUGCUCUGGAUAUUUGGGCCCGUCCUGGUCUUCCUGUGCUCCGCCACCAUGGUUCCCAUACUGUACCACCUUGAUAUUGUGUCCGGGGAAGGGAAGCGUGGCUUCGGUAGCAAGGUGGAGAAGAUGGGCGAUGUGGAAUUCUUGGAAGUGUAACGGACGUUUGUGUAUGGGGUUUCCAAAGAAAUCAUGCUUUCAUAUCUUGGAUUCCUUCGGCUAGAAUUGGUGUACCAGGUCCAAAUGGUUCCCUUUAUCCAUGUAAUUUGACAACGGCUCUGGUGUUCCGGACCCGUACGAAGAAUCUUCAUUCCGGUGAAUCGAAAUGAGAGGAAGCUUUGUCUGCUUAUAAUAAGUUUGUGAGGUGGACUGCCACACGUGCCAGCGGGAGGACAGCACAUCGAGAACCAUGGUCCCGCAAAUGAACUAAGUCAAAUUCCAUUGCAGAAACUAAUACUGAUUAGGAAAAUAUAUAUUAAGCAAGACUUUGUUAAAUAGGGAACUAUGAAAUUAAUUUUUAGGGACAUCCAAUGCAAUCUUAUAAAUUAAGAUUA